AAACCAUUACCAUCUUAUGUGCUUAAAUUUUUUUUCAGAAACAAUUGCAUAAUUAUUUCGAGAAAACACUAUUUGCUUGUGAUAUAUUUAGAACUAUUGAACUACAGAGAUUUCGUUCUGGGAAAUUUAUGAAUCAUUGUAAUGUGUACGUUGCAAGUUUGAUUACACUCUUUCUCCUGCUUUGUAAAUUUCAGAGCGUUGUCAAUGUUCAAUUCUUUUGAAAUUUAUAAGGUUUAAAGUGAGUGAACGCAGAUAUGUUUAAACAACAGAUCUGAAUAAAUAGACUACCCGUUCUACCGUUUUGGGUUCGUGUUAUUUACUGCUGUGGAAGUUUAAACUUUGAAGUGAGUUUACUCUCGUGUUUAAUGUUUAUAUCAAAGAUUUACGUAUGGCGGUUCUCGCGAUAAAUUAACGUUACAAAGAUCAUAAAGUCUCAACGCGUUAUUUACUUAACAUCCCGUAGUUUUAUGACAAUUGAUCCGUUUAUGUUUGGAAUUUGAGUUUAAUAUAUGACUGUGCUACACAUUUGAGAUAUUUUUAUUCAUCUUAAGUAUCUUUCAACGGUUACAUUUUACGAGCAACUUUUUUUCAAAGACUUCUAAUUGAUUUAAUCCAUGACGCAGUACUGGCAAAGCAAUUUCCUUAUUCACACGAAUCGCCGCAUUGUCUCUAUUAAAUGAUUUAACUCAUGUCAGAGUUCAAGACACAAUUCCGUAUUUCGAAUUUGACAAACACUCAUCUAAAAGAGACGUUUGGUUUCCAAACAAGACCUUCAAAACGAUCAAGGAAUUUGGACAUUAUAGUUUCUGUGUUGUCGUCUUUGGCGAUUCGUUUUCUUAAAGCACAACAAUGUUCAUGCGUUCUGGACGAAAGUUAGACAAAAUCUCACUAGUUUAUUUAAGUUUGACGAAAAUACUGCUGGAGUUAUAUCUCGCCUUGUUGCUGAAUUGCAAGAAAACAAGGAGUUAUGUAGUUAUCAGUUUCUCAAUCAUUCUGGUUCUGAUGAUAUGCUUGCUGGGAUUAUAAAGCUUAUAAAUUCGGACGAUAUAAGGCUUGCUGGUAAUGCGUCUUAUAUUGUUGGUACUAUAGCAGAGACGCCGCUUGGCUGUGAUAGAAUCGUACGGUUGUGUACGGCAUCUUCCGAUGAAGACAGUUGUCAACUUCUGAACAGCAUCAAUUCAUUGAUGGAUGUUUCCAUUAGGGAUUUAGAAAUCGUUCUCAAUGCCGCGGGAGCCCUCUCUACUUUGGCUGAAAGUGAUGACGGUCGAAUGUGGUUACUACGUCAGGAUGCGUUGAAUGAAACAAUCGAUAGACUUUCAACAUUAUUGUCCAACGAAGACCGCUGGAUAGCAAGCAACGCAGCACUUGUUCUGGCUAGAUUGACGAUUGCCGAAGAAGGAUGUGCAAGAAUAUUGAAUCAUCCUCAUUCAAAUUCGACCUUGAAGCAACUUAUAAGAUCACUUAAUGUGGAUGGUGAUGGCGUUGAAAGGAAUACGGCUUUUGCUAUUGGACGUCUUUGUGACUUACAAACUGGGCGAGUUCGCUUGCUCAGUCAUUCAGAUUCUAAUUUAAUGCUGGAAAGUUUACUAAAAAUGCUUCACAGUAAGGAUUUGGCUUGUCAGAAGAACGCAAGUUUUGCUGUUAGUUGCAUAUCGAUGAACAUCCUUGGCCUUUCGAGGAUUUUAAAAUCUGAUAGCAACAUGUAUCUGUUCUCGGCUAUGAUCUUUAUGUUGUCCACCACUGACGAAGAAGCAAUUUGGUUUGCUGCCAUGACAAUUCGCGUCAUUGCCUGUCAGAAACAAGGAGUUCUUGCUCUUCGUAAAUAUUCUAGAGUUCUUUCUUCCUUGCAGGAAAUAUAUAAACGAGGCGAUACACGCGAAGAUACUCUUAUUGAGAUCCGAACGGCUUUGGAAUUGCUGGAAAAAUUACCCAAAGCAGACAAACCACAUGUUGAAGUUCAAAGUGCGUAUGUCAUAUCUGUGAAAUGGGAGAAAAUCUUUCCUAAAAGUGGUCUUGAAGUUUCUUACCAACUUCACAGAGACGGUGAAAUCAUCUACUUUGGAGAUGAGAAUAGUUUCGUUAUGACGAAUGCCUCUCCGAUGUCUAAUUACACUUUUCAACUUCGUUAUACCACGGAAGGUGACGAGAGCGCCUUGAGCGACUGUGUAACCGUCAAAACACCUGAAUCAGGUAUUGUUAGGAAUGUGAUCGCGAAGAACCUUCAUUAUUUUUGGUUAGCGUUUAUUACAGUAAGAAAGUGGAUUUCGACGUUACAACUUUUGCGAUUAAAAAUCAUUAAAUCUCUAACGCAGUUGAACCAGCAUCUUUUAUCGUCAUUUACAGUUCCCAGUUCUCCUCAGUGUUUAGUUUGUCUGAAUCGUACCACAUCUCAACUAAAAGUUGCUUGGCAGCCGCCCGAGUUGACCAAUGGAAUCUUACUAUGCUAUCACGUGACUGUGAACGGGCCAAAAGUUUCGCUAGCUCCGUAUCAGGAAACGAAGGAAACUUCUUUCAUUUUAUCUGGUCUGUUGCCCGGUAAUGAAUAUAAGUUUGAGGUUCAUGCAGUAACUGCGCAAGGUCGAGGAGAGCCCGCAAUCUUACUGUUGCAAACGGUUGAUCUUGCUCAUCAUGCCCCUUGUAAACCUACUCUAUCGGUUUUGGGAAGACGUGAAAUUUUAGUGGAAUGGGAAAUACCAAAUGAACCUUUGAACAGAAUAACCAGUUAUGAAGUGAAAGUUAACGGUGAAUCUGUUUAUGUUGGUGUUGAAAAAUGCUUCGUUCUGCGACGUCUUCAACCGGAUACAGAAUAUAGUGUUACGGUUAGUGCUUGGACGAAUGAAGGUCGAUGUGAAAGUCUUCCAAGUAAACGACGAACAAACAAAGAAAUUACGAUUACCAGUCGUCCUCCCCUUUAUCCUUUUCAAAAAAAGACGAACGAUAAAUCAAAAUGACUCAUUCUAUAUGGGAAAGCUUAUGUCCAAGUUCAUUAAUGCAAAUGAAAAUUUUUAUUCAAGAAAUCAACAUCUGAUUUUUCUCUCUUUAUUUCAAUUCUUCACACAUACAAAGUUCAAGUGAAAGCUUGUUUAAUGUGUGUGAAUUUUUGUUGAAAUAAUUCCUCUGAUGCGCCAAAGAUAACAGGUGUAGAUAGGAAAAGAUCUCGACAAAUGUAGAACUGAUUUCUCCACUGUUUCAUCAAGCGACUCUGAAACUGUUAAAAAUUAUCCUUGGUUAUCUGACAUUAAAAUUUGAAAACUUAAAAA